AUGGCGCCUUCUCUCCAUCCAUUGAUCGAUAAUGGCCUCACUAAGGGCGACCCCAACUUCGCGGGCGGCAAACUUCGCUGCCACUGCAAGACCAGGCCGGUAGAGGUCACACUUGGAGGCAACGUUGCCCACAACCACGCUUGCGGAUGCUCCAAAUGCUGGAAGCCCUCUGGCGCCCUCUUCUCCGUCGUUGGCGUCAUCCCUAGAGAUCAGGUCAGUGUGACCGCAAACGAGGAAAAGCUCCAUAUUAUCGACAACUCGGCAGUCAUUCUCCGAAAUGCUUGCAAGGAGUGUGGGGUCCACAUGUACGGCCGCAUCGAGAAGCCUCACGCGUUCAAAGGCUUGGACUUUGUUCACGUAGAGCUGUCAGACCAAAAGGGAUGGCAGGAGCCCCAAUUUGCUGCUUUUGUGUCAUCUAUCAUUGAACAAGGAUUCCACCCUAACGGCAUUGAUGACGUGCGACGCAAGUUCAAAUCUGUCGGGUUGGAGACGUAUGACACCUUAUCGCCUACAUUGGUGGACCUUAUUUCUACGUGGACGGCUCAGCAGACUGGCCGACUUCCUGCUAGGCUGUAG